AUGGCUUCUUCUUGCAGGACUGGAUUCUUUCUGGAAAAAGAGGAAGAAGAGGAGGACGAGGGACAGCUGAUGGAUUAUUAUAAGUAUCGACGACUACAUGAUACGCCAGAUGACGAUGACUUGGAGCCGACGCCAUCUACCUCGCAAUAUGACCUAAACACGCAGAUUGUCGACGGUUCGACGUCGUCUACAGAAUCUGAUGGGGAUGAGGAUUUCGACCCAUUCCUUGCCGACAAUCCGCCACAGGAGACACGGCGAGAAUUUUUGACGCGCCAAUACCGUAACAUUGUCCAUUUCUUCGUGGAAGAUUGGUUCCUCUCCGGCGUUCUGGGCGUUAUAACGGCCGUUUUAUCGAUAACAACAGAUGUGGGAAUCGAAUAUUUACAGCACUUCAAAAUCGUCAGCUACGAGUACUUCAAGACGACAAGUGUCUAUAGCGGAUUUGCGGCAUGGGUACUUUUCUUGGUGAUCUGCGUCUCGAUAGCCGGCCUAAUAUGUCACGGCAUCUCCAAACAGGCCGUCGGAUCCGGAAUCCCUGAAGUGAAGGUCAUCAUGGCCGGGUUUGCCAUGAAAAAUUACCUCACCUUUCGGACGCUGGUCGCCAAGAUUUUGGCGCUGGUUUUUACGCUCGGGUCGUGUUUGCCCGUCGGGAAAGAG